AUGGCAUUAGCCGCGGCCGCAGCCGCUGCGGCCGCCGGGGUGAGCCAGGCAGCGGUGCUGGGCUUUCUGCAGGAGCAGGGCGGGAAGGUGCGCAACUCAGAGCUGCUGAGUCGCUUCAAGCCGCUGCUGGAUGCAGGCGACCCUCGCGGCCGCGCCGCCCGCAGGGACCGUUUCAAACAGUUCGUCAACGAUGUGGCUGUAGUGAAGGAGCUCGACGGCGUCAAGUUCGUGGUGCUGAGGAAAAAGCCGCGGACCCCUGAGGGGCCGCAGCCCCUGCCCUCCUGCGCCCCCAGCGUUCCCGCCCCAGAUGUCACUUCCGUCUCCCUGGGGGCAACCACUGGUCUGAGGGCUCCAUCACUGGCAUUGCCCCAACGGUCGGAGGAAUCACCGGAGGACGUGGUCCCCCCAUCAGAGCCACAAGAUGUCCCCGAGUCUCGGACCUCUGAGCCACUUGAGCCAAGUGGAGAGCUGGGGAGCUUAGGCUCGGCUCACCAGUCAAAGGGACCCUCUGACGUCCGGGUUCCAUCCUCUGAACUGGUCCAGUCUUCCGAGGGACCGUCCGCAGAGGUGACUCAACCACCUAGGGCACAGUCCGAGGCGGCCUCGCCCCCCACAGAGCCUCCAGACCAGGAACCUGGGCCGGGGACGGUCAAAGGACUGCUGCCACCGGCUCCGCGGGCGCCGCCCCCGAAGCCCUGCAUGCUGCCGGUGCGCUGCGUCCCGGGCCCCGCUGCGCUCCGAAUCCGGGCGGAGGAGCAGGGCCUUCGCCGGCAGCUGUCUGAGGAGCCGAGCCCACGGGACUCCCCGCUAUUGUUGCGUCGGCUUUCGGUGGAGGAGUCCAGCCUGGGCCUUAGCCUGGUCCCAGGACGCUCCCCGCACCUAAGGCGCCUUUCGCGCCCAAGCCCGCGCCUGCUGAGCCCAGACAACGAGGAGGUGCCUGCAGCGCCGCCGCCCUCCGCCCUACCCCUGGAGCCAGAGGAGCACGAGUGGCUGGUGCGGGCGGCCGGUGGCCGCUGGACUCACCAGUUACACGGGCUGCUGCUGCGCGACCGCAGCCUGGCAGCCAAACGCGAUUUCAUGUCGGGCUUCACUGCCCUACACUGGGCGGCCAAGAGCGGCGACCGUGAGAUGGCGUUGCAGCUGGUGGAAGUCGCGCGGCGCGGAGGUGCACCGGUCGACGUGAAUGCGCGUUCGCAUGGUGGUUACACACCACUGCACCUGGCCGCGCUGCACGGCCACGAGGACGCCGUGGUGCUGUUGGUGGUUCGCCUGGGUGCGCAGGUGCACGUGCGCGACCACAGCGGGAGGCGCGCCUACCAAUACCUGCGGCCUGGUUCCUCCUACGCGAUUCGCCGCCUACUCGGCGACCCGGGCCUCAGCGGCGCGACAGAGCCUGAUGACAGCGGGAGUGGUGGCGGCAGCCUUGCGGCCCGGCGCCCGGUGCAGGUGGCCGCCACCAUCCUCAGCUCCACCACUAGCGCAUUUCUGGGCGUGCUGGCCGACGACCUGAUACUCCAGGACCUGGCUCGCGGCUUGAGGAAGUCGGCCUCUGUCAGCAAGUUGUUGGGCACCUCGCCCAUGGCUCCACGCAAGAAGACCAAGACCCGCAGCGGCCUUCCGUCCUUUUCAGAAGUCACUCGUCGACCCAUUCCAGGGCCAUUAGCCGGGUUAGUACCCAGCUUGCCCCCCACAACCUGA